AUGAAGAUCAAUAUCUCUCGACCAUUUCAAAUUCUCCAAUGGUCAUCCUACGUGCUUACAGUAUUUGUUGUUCAAUUCGUGAUAGUUCUCCCAUUAUCCUUUAUACUGUUUAACGAUUUCUAUCAGUAUUUAAUACCUUCUGACUCUUCACAAUUGGUACCCUUAUCUGUAUUUAAUCUAACUCAGCUUAGUGAAAGUCAUUUCCAUUAUUAUCAGGAAUUAGAAAAGGUUCCUGCUCAUAAUGAUUUACCUACAGUAAAACAGAACGGUUUGAUACAACAUAUUCCAUUAAGGGAACAUAUAGAUUACAGAAUAGAUGCAAAUUUUAAAUUCUAUUGUCUAAUUGAUGAUACUAGCUAUCCACGUCACAAUUUACAAGUAGCAACAGUUUCAGUAUAUGGUUACACUGUCUCUGAUGAACAUAUAUUACUGCACUCUAAAUAUGUUCCUAUCAUGUGUUUGACUACUAAAGACUCAAUUACUUUGCCAGAGGGAACUCAAUUGAAAGGUUCAAGAAUGAAGCAAUACAAAACAGAAUGGUUAAAUGAAAUUAUUCUAGAUGAUAUCAGUGAUUUCUCCACAGACUCGAACAUCAAAGGACUGGUCGUAAGGUUUAAUUUCAAAUCCGAACAUCAUGACUUGAUAGACUCAUUUAAUCAUGGAUUCGUUGACAAGAACAGGUAUGCAUUACUGAUGAAUUUUGAAUCACAAUUAAAUUUCCGUAUUAAUUUCAAUCAAGGUAUAAGGAAUUUAAUGCUACGUUAUCAAUUGACUACAUAUAUUGUCGGCACAAUCGUAUUUCAUCUAACAAUCUCCUCGUUGUGUAUUUUAACAGCUGCAAUGGCUUUUUAUCUAACAAAUCAAAAGCUUGCUUCAGAUAAUGCUACUAAUAAUAGGAAAUCAAAAGUUACUACUACUGAAGGAAAAAAGGCAUAA